AUGAAAUCCAAUCACCAGCGAUCCUAUAACAGUUCUUUCUCAUGCUCGAACCCUAGAUCUCACCUCGUACCUUGCUACAUCUCUAUAACAGUUCUUUCUCAUGCUCGAACCCUAUUUCUUUCUCAUGCUCGAACCCUAGAUCACCAGCGAUCCUAUAACAGUUCUUUCAAUUGCUUGAUUUUGUCGAUUCGUAUACGAUUGCAUCAGCAGCUGAUCCAGUCUCGCACCAAAAUCUAUUUGAAGAAGAUUAGAGAUAGAGGGAGAGGUAGGGCUCGUGGUGGUGGUGGUGGUCGAGGUCAAGGAAGAUGA